AUGAAGGCCGGAGUUCUCGCAGUCGCGGCUGCAAUUGCAGGUGGUGUUAAUGCUAGAGACCUUGGAAGGAGACAUGGUCAUCAAGAUUUCCAUGAGAGAGGAUUGCUAGCUACCGCAGCAUCAUCGUCAGAGUCAUGUGGUUGUACAACCGUUUGGUCUACCGUCACUGGUGAACCUCAAUUAUACUUCCCACCAGCUCCAACCGCUGCUUCUGUUGCUUCUAGCUCAGUCGUAUCACCAGCACCAUCGUCGGCAACAUCUGCUGAAGGCCUUUCAUCUGUACCAGCAGCUUCUGCUCCAGGUUCAUCGGCACCAGCACCAUCUGCACCAGCAGCUUCUGCUCCAGGCUCAUCGGCACCAGCCACUUCCAAGGGAGUAUCAACUGCUCCUACUGCCCCAGCUUCAACUGCCCCAGCUGUUGUCCCCACUCCUUUGGCAACCACGUGCCCAACUCCAGGUGUCUACACCAUCCCAGCCACCACUGUGACCUUGACUGAGUCCACCACUGUCUGUGGUGCUACAUCAACUGGUCUUCCAUCUGCAGGAACUUACACCGUUGGAGGUGUCACCACUGUCGUAACCACCGCCACAACAGUUGUAUGCCCAUACGCUGCUGUCUCAACUUCAGAAGGUGUUGUUACAAGCACCAUCUUGACAACCACCUAUGUAUGCCCAUCCGCAGGAACAUACACCAUCAACCCAUUAACCACUACCGUUACUGAGCCCGCCGUUUGGGUUUACCCAACUCCUGCUUCCUAUGCUCCAGGAACCUACACACAACCUGAAGUUGUCACCACCAUCACCGAAACUAAUGUGGUUGUUUUCUGCCCUUACUCUUCAUCAUACUCCACAAUUGUUGAUGCCACAUUACCAGUUGGUACACCUGCCCAGGCUACUUCUGCUCCAGCCCCAGUUACGACUUCCGUCGUAGUCCCAGUCGCAACACCAAGCUCUAGCUCAGUUUACGUUGCUCCCUCUUCAAGCGCUGUUUAUGUUGCUCCAUCCUCAAGCGCUGCAUCCCUUGUCCCAUCAUCUUCCGCAGUUGCAUCUUCUGUAGUUGCAUCUUCCGUUGCAUCUCCAUCUGCCUCCUCCACUUCCUCCUCCUCUGCCGGAAACGGAGGCAGUGUAGGAAGCACUGGAAAGCAAUGGGCUAUGACUUAUUCCCCAUACCAAGAUUCUGGAUCUUGCAAGACUGCUGCAGAAGUUUCCGUUGAUGUAGCACUUAUUGCCUCCAAGGGAUUCACAGCCAUCCGUAUCUACAGUACCGAUUGCUCCGGACUCGAGAACGUCGGUAACGCUGCUAAGCUUGCUGGUCUCAAAUUGAUCGUCGGUAUAUUCAUUAGCGAGACCGGAUGUUCCGGAGCAGCUGACCAAGUCACCGACCUCAUUGCAUGGGGACAAUGGUCUCUCGUUGAGCUUAUCGUUGUCGGUAACGAAGCCGUCUUUGGUGGUCACACUACCGCUUCUGAACUCGCCGCAUUCAUCAGCUCCUCCCGAUCAUCCUUCGCAAGUGCUGGAUACACUGGACAAAUCACCACCACUGAGCCUCUCAACAUCUGGCAAGAAAACACCAGUGUCCUCUGUUCCGCCGUCGACAUCACUGGUGCCAACCUUCACCCAUUCUUCAACGCUGAAGUCACUGCCGAAAAUGCUGGUAAAUUCGCUCUCUCCCAACUCGAGCUUGCCGAUGCUAUCUGCCCUGGUCUUACUGCCAUUAACCUCGAGACCGGAUGGCCUUCCGCUGGUACCUGUAACGGAGCUGCUUGCCCUGGUGCAGAUGAGCAAAAGACUGCCGUAGCUAGUAUCAUCGAGUCGUGUGGUGGACGUGCCGCCAUCUUCUCCUACACCAACGAUCUCUGGAAACAACCAGGUGGAUUUGGCUGUGAGCAAAGUUGGGGUUCCAUCCAUCUUUUCUAG